AUGGCAAGGGCAUCGGACAUCCUGUCGGGGCCGGAUCCUGAAGGUCGUGUUAGGGCGAUUAAAGCAUGGCUAAAGAUGAAGGGUGUUCAAGAUUUCGAGCCCGUCUCCCUUUUCUGUGACCAACUAGGCAAGGAGACUGUGGGGGAAAUCAAGCGAAUGGCUGAUGAGUUUACGAAGAACAAGUCGUCAGCUCAGUUCAAGAAGGCCGUAGUCAAAGGAAUCCCUAGACAAGCCGUUCUCAAACCUGCACACACUUACCGUCUUCAGAAUCAACACUUUGCUUUGGGUGACCGUGUUACGACGGUGCAAGACUCUGGAAGCGUUCCACUAUCGGUCAAAGGUGUCGUCAUUGGGCUCAAUUCGAAGACUAUAGAGGUAGUGUGGGAUGUUCCGAUCAUGUCUGGUAUAACGUUGGGUGAUCGGUGCUCGAAGUGCCGUGGCUCGACGGUCGAAUUCAACACCUGCUUGAACUUGUCCAACCCACAGUUCAUAACGUCUACCAACCCUAAAGCUCUGCCACCCGUUCGGAAUGAGGUCCCCUUUGAACCGAGACAUGGUCCCCGACCCAAGAUCAACCCCGCGCCUGGCCAGGCUCCAGCAGCUGGAUUGCGCCCAGCGCAGCCGGCCAGCCACUGA